CAUCAGAGAAGAACUGGAUUGACAACACGUCAUUCUCAUUUGUUGCAUGCUGAACUUUUAUUGUGUGGGAGGGUCUUCUUGGCAAUUGCAACAAAAAUGGAGCACCGGACCCGGUUGAUCAUAACCGCCAUCAUCAACCUUAACUUCCUCCUAACCAUAGGUUUGGUUGGAGGAAUCAUUGGACCCACUCUCCUGGACAUGAAAGAUAUUUAUGGGACCACGGUGGACAAAGUCUCAUUCAUGUUUAUGAUGGGCUCAACUGGAUCUAUUACAGGUUCCUUUAUCACCGGUUUUGUCAUGGACAAGUUUCCGCGAUAUCGGUGCCUACUUUUGUUUGCCUACACCUUAAACACCAGCUUAGUGACGGCGUUGAUGCCCUUCAUGAGCCAUCUAUCGAUAUUUUUCUUCUUGAGCUUCUUAGGCGGCUUCAGUGGGGGUUCCUUGGACAUGGGGGGCAACGUGUUUUGCCUUCAUGUAUGGCGUGGACUGGAAAGCGGUCCCUACAUGCACAGUAUUCACUUCAGUUUUGCCAUUGGGGCGUUUCUGGGACCCUUGCUGGCUGUUCCCUUCCUUGGCACCAAUGGUGACCAAUUGCAAGAGGCUCUCAUGUCAUUUAAUGAGACAACUAUGAACCAAACGGAUAUGAUAGAAACAGACACCCAAAUCACCAUUUUUUAUCCAUUGGUGGGAGCCUUAGCCCUUCUGCCAGGACUAGGUUACCUUUACUACGGAAUUCAAGACCUCAGAGAGCAACCCAAUGAAAACCAGGCGGCCAUAUCCUCCGCGAACCAUGGAAAUGAAUCUCAAAAAGCCCAUGCGUGGAAGGUUGUGACCCUUUUGGGCCUUGUGGCCAUAUUCUUCUUCUUGUACGUGGGCGUGGAGGUGACGUUCGGUACUUUUUUGACUACCUUUGCGGUGGAAAGCGAUCUACAACUCACGAAACCUCAGGGAGCGGAUUUGACCGCCAUUUUCUGGGGCUUCUUCGCCCUCAUGAGAUUUCUCUCUAUUUUUGCCGCCAUCAAACUGAAUCCAGCCGUCAUCUUGGUCUUUAGCUUCGGGACGUGCUUAUUGAGUAGUGCAAUGCUAUCAUUAUAUGGGGACCAAAAUUUGAGGCUACUUCAAUUGGCUUGCGGCGGCAUGGGAGUGGGCACAGCAUCCAUAUUUGCCACCGGCAUCUUAUGGUUGGAACAGCAUGUGGUGGUGACCAAUCGGAUUGGUGCCCUAGUCUCAAUAGCAGCAUCUUUGGGCCCGGAUAUCUUUCCCGUCAUCGUGGGUCAAUAUAUCGUGGCGCAGCCCAUGGUGUUGAUGCACGUCACGGCGCUGACCUUAAUUGGCUGUGUGCUCAUUUUCAUAGCUUGUCAUUUUCUGGCCAGAAGUUACCAGAAGUUCCAGUCUUCCCUGACGAUGCCAGUAUCAACCGAGGACGACGAUGGCUUCGAAACCAUUCCUCUGAAUAAAUGAACAUGUCGGAAAUUGUGUCCUCAAUCUUAGCAUGGGGGUUGGAUGUUGAAGCAUUUGGAAAAUGCAUUUAUUUCCUGUCCGUCGUCCACUUUUCCAAAUUUGAUCAUCAAAAAGUUCCCUCUGUCUUCCUCUGUCGCUCAUCCUCUAUCCACUACUCGACAACUAUUCUGCCUUUGACUUGCCAAAGAAAACGAGACAGAUUCAUUCCAAGUUUCCUCGUUGCCCGCAAAACUGGUCUUUGUUAAAUCAAGA